UCAUCUGUCUGUGUUCUGUGUGUUGAGUAGCAAAAGAGAAGAGAAAUGGAGAGAGAAGACCAAAGCCAAAGUGGAUAUCUUCAGUCUCCAUUGAUUCAGCACUCAUAUUCAUCAGGGCAGGGUGAUGGAUUGGUGGUAAAGGAAAAGCAGAGCAGUUGGAAGAGAACUGAAAGAAGUGAUGUUGUUGAAGAAGUGAAAAGGCAGUUAUGGCUUGCAGGGCCUUUGAUAACAGUGACCCUUUUGAAUUUUGGCCUUAAUCUUAUAUCUGUUAUGUUUGUGGGGCAUCUUGGUGAGUUGGCUCUCUCUGGUGCUUCCAUGGCCACUUCUUUUGCCUCUGUCACAGGUUUCAGUUUGUUGCAAGGAAUGGCAAGUGCAUUGGACACUUUUUGUGGCCAGUCAUAUGGAGCAAAGCAGUACCACAUGUUAGGCAUACACAUGCAGAGAGCCAUGUUCAUUCUCAUGACUGUCAGCAUCCCACUUGCAGUUAUUUGGGCAAACACAAGAUCCAUUCUGAUUUUCUUUGGUCAGGAUCCUGAAAUAGCUGCAGCAGCUGGGAACUAUGCUACUUGUAUGCUUCCAACCGUUUUUGCCUAUGGUCUUCUACAAUGCCUCAACAGAUUCUUGCAAACACAGAAUAUUGUAUAUCCAAUGAUGUGCAGCUCCGGAAUUACCACAUUACUGCAUGUACUUACAUGUUGGAUUCUGGUGUUCAAAUCAGGACUGGGAAGCAAAGGAGCUGCUGUAGCAAAUUCCAUAUCUUAUUGGUUGAAUGUUACUAUGCUCACACUCUAUAUCAAGUUUUCUCCUUCAUGUGCAAAAACUUGGAAAGGCUUUUCCAAAGAGGCAUUGCAUAACAUUCCCACAUUUUUUAGGCUUGCCAUUCCUUCAGCUGUUAUGGUUUGCUUGGAAAUGUGGUCGUUUGAAUUGAUGGUUCUCCUUUCUGGUCUUCUUCCAAAUCCAAAGUUGGAAACAUCAGUUCUUUCCAUCUGCUUGAACAGUAGUGCAACUGUUUGGAUGAUUCCCUUUGGACUCAGUGGAGCAGUAAGCAUUCGUGUCUCAAAUGAACUUGGAGCUGGUCGUCCAUGGAUUGCACGCUUAGCAGUUCAUGUUGUCUUAGCAAUAGCCAUUAUUCAGGGCAUCUUAGUGGGAACAGUGAUGAUACUUAUACGCAACAUAUGGGGCUAUGCAUAUAGCAAUGAAGUAGAAGUGGUCGAAUAUGUAGCAAUUAUGUUUCCAAUUCUGGCAGCAUCCAACUUUCUGGAUGGACUCCAAUGUGUUCUUUCAGGUUUUUCUUUCACCAUUACUUUUAUUUGUCUGAAGUAUACCUAUGACUCUCUGAUUUUCUUUGGUCAGGAUCCUGAAAUAGCUGCAGCAGCUGGGACCUAUGCUACUUGUAUGCUUCCAACCGUUUUUGCCUAUGGUCUUCUACAAUGCCUCAACAGAUUCUUGCAAACACAGAAUAUUGUAUAUCCAAUGAUGUGCAGCUCCGGAAUUACCACAUUACUGCAUGUACUUAUAUGUUGGAUUCUGGUGUUCAAAUCAGGACUGGGAAGCAAAGGAGCUGCUGUAGCAAAUUCCAUAUCUUAUUGGUUGAAUGUUACUAUGCUCACACUCUAUAUCAAGUUUUCUCCUUCAUGUGCAAAAACUUGGAAAGGCUUUUCCAAAGAGGCAUUGCAUAACAUUCCCACAUUUUUUAGGCUUGCCAUUCCUUCAGCUGUUAUGGUUUGCUUGGAAAUGUGGUCGUUUGAAUUGAUGGUUCUCCUUUCUGGUCUUCUUCCAAAUCCAAAGUUGGAAACAUCAGUUCUUUCCAUCUGCUUGAACAGUAGUGCAACUGUUUGGAUGAUUCCCUUUGGACUCAGUGGAGCAGUAAGCAUUCGUGUCUCAAAUGAACUUGGAGCUGGUCGUCCAUGGAUUGCACGCUUAGCAGUUCAUGUUGUCUUAGCAAUAGCCAUUAUUCAGGGCAUCUUAGUGGGAACAGUGAUGAUACUUAUACGCAACAUAUGGGGCUAUGCAUAUAGCAAUGAAGUAGAAGUGGUCGAAUAUGUAGCAAUUAUGUUUCCAAUUCUGGCAGCAUCCAACUUUCUGGAUGGACUCCAAUGUGUUCUUUCAGGCACUGCUAGAGGGUGUGGCUGGCAGAAAAUUGGUGCAUUUGUGAAUCUGGGGUCAUACUAUUUGGUUGGAAUUCCAUCAGCUAUUGUGUUAGCUUUUGUAUUACAUAUUGGUGGGAAGGGGCUCUGGUUGGGAAUCAUAUGUGCUCUAAUUGUUCAAGUUUGUUCUUUAAUGAUCAUUACCAUUCGUACUGAUUGGGAGCAACAGGCAAAGAAAGCAACAGAUAGAGUCUAUAAUUCAGUAACGGCAGAAAGCUUAGUCUCAUGAAGGUGCAAUAUCUUUGCAGUUGCACAUUCUUAGUUAAUUCUAGUGAGUGAAAUUAAAGCAAUAUAAGUUUUGUCAUUCUUCUUUUGGCAGGAAAACUUUAGGGACAAUUUUAUUAUGUAUUGUUGAAAGAUAAUAGAUGAUGCAGUUGGUCACUAGAAAUAAAUAAUGUGGUUUUAAUUUUGUUUUUCUAUGUACUAGUAUUGGGAUGUUUUGAUGCUAAUUAGAGAAAUCAUUUUCUAAGGUUAUUAUUUACCACUUAUAGAUUU